AUGUGCUUCGGUGAAAAUUGCGCUCCCCAAGCAACUCAGUACAUCAACGCUCAACUCGCUGUCCUCCACGCUAACGCUGCAUCUUGCUUCCAAGAGCAUGCGAACGCGCAAAAAGCUGAAGAGCAGUUUCGGUACUCCCAUGCUCUUUACGACUUCGUGUAUGGCAAGGUGGCAAGGCGACGCCAAAGCAAAGCUGGGUACGACACAGAAUUUCAUGCGACGUUCGACAAGCCAGAUCUCGAGUUUAUCUGUAACCAUGAUGUCAUCCUUCGAAUCAAAAUCAAGACCGGGCAUUACUAUAUGGACUCACUCGAUCAGGGCGGCGUCCUCAGAAGUCCUAAAAGUGACCGUGUCAGAGAGAUACAACAUCAAACGUUCGAUUUACGUGUCGGCUUCGACAUUCGUACAGCGUCCAGUGCGGAUAUACAAAUCGGCAGCGCACCCGCUCUGAUUCGGUUGAUCACGUUGGACCUCCUCGGGGCGGAAUUUGUGUCCGCAACCCCAGCAAUCGCGGAGGACAGAGACGUGAUCCUCUCGUUUCUGCGCCGAUACCUGGAGUUCUUACAGAAGGCGGGGAAUCAUAUAUUCUUCUCUCUUCCUAGCUUCGAAAUCAGUCGCCUGCCUCUGCUCAUCGACUACACUGCAUCGCGGCGCGACACACGCUCGGACUGCUUCGAAUUAUAUGGCAUCCACGUGAACAAGAUCAACGAGCAACUCAAGUUAGCUUGGACGAAAGCCGCUAUCGCGACAGCGGCCGGCGGGACGACGACUUAUACCGCAGCCACUGACUGGAAGGCCAACUCCGUUGCCGAGUAUCUUGGAUUGUGGUCAAUAUACCAGACUGAUGUGCGAUUCCACCUGAAAUUCGGCCCUCCGACAGUGGAAGCGAUAUGUUCGCGCGAGGCGGUCCUGUACCUUAUGCUUGACAAGAUCUUCGUAUUCGAAGAGGCCGGUCUUGACGGAGCACCGACGAGUGUACUCGACGGCUGGCGAAUUCCCAUCACGGUUGAAGUGAUUCAAGAACAAGCCAUCGAAACUCGUAUCAGGGUCAACCUGAGCAAGUCUAGAGUCAACGCCUCACUCCCGCCUGGCGACGAAUCCGACGGCUACGAGCAUUAUAGGAGAGCUAUUCUAGAAUUUGUACAGAGGGAGUAUCUCGCCGUGCUUGAGAGCGCAGGCUACCUCGUCCUCUACGACACGGGGCGCGCCGCUUCUGUCGGCAGCGUACAGCUCGCCAUGACGCGGAUAGAGACGUCCACCUUCUCCGCCUUCGAGGAAUACGCAGAGACUACGCAGGCGUCCUGGACCGAUAUCAUCGUAGAUUCGGAUAUGCAAGGCUUUGACCAGGUCAUCUCCGUCUCCCAAGGGUCGAUAAACUCGCGCUUCACCCAGAUCCACGAGGCGGCGAAGAGGACCGAGAGUUGGAUAUCUAUGCUGGCAAAGUGGUCAUACGAGCGGUACUUCUCUGCAACCUUCGAACCCCUCGCCGUGUACCUGCUCAGCAAUGGACGUGCGCUCCUGUGGGUCCACCUGACUGACGGCUUUCUUCGUCCGCUGGUUGACAUGAGACCCUCCCUCGACGCUGAAGAAUACGACUUCGAGGACCUCCGUCUGGCAUUCGAGGUGAAACUCGAAAUGAUCGACGAUGCUACUCUUCAAAGCACCAGCCCCGAUUGGUUCUCGAAUGCCUCUGGUUCUCAGGCGUACAAAACGCACGGCAACCAAGCAGAUCGCACGUUCCGCCACCUAUGUUUCGACACUAGCAGUGCCGAGUUCUUGUACGAAUAUUCGCAGAUAGACGACCUACUUCACACGACGGGCUCGGAGCUCAUCGACAAGCUGCAGGGCAUGAUCUACUACCUCCGCCAGCAUUACUUCCCUGCUCUGGUGCACAACGGGUUACACGUUCUGCACACCAUGCCUGUCUGGAGCGCACCGCCCUUGGACCUGUCGUAUGCCUUGACAGACGUUGACUUCCAAGUCUACUCCAGCGUCGAGGUGACCCGCCACAACUGGGCACAGCUGUCGGCAUCGGUCGAGCCAGUGCUCACGAUCCUCGGGAUGACCUCUCAGCAUCCCCGACCUGGUCAUAAUCUCUCCUUCUGUACCAACUGGGUCGCGCGCGUUGAGAGAGGCUUCUCUCAUGGGACCGUCGCGAUAUCCAACAAGGACCAGAAUGUGCUUCAUCGCCUGGCUCGCAUCAAUUCCCUUACAUCUGUCAUCCCCGUCUUGGUCGCUUCCGACACAACCGACGGCUGGCAGCUACAACUGACUACCAUAGCUGCACGUCAUGGACCGCGAAUUUGCCCUUGGAAAGUUGAGAGGAUCCAAGAGAACAGCUGCAUUAAGUACGAAUGGGACUACAACGUCUCAACUACGUAUUCGCAUGAAGGCAGCGGUAUAACGAAUGGCGCUUACGCGGUAACCUGUUCUACUCGCAACUAUGUGGAGCUACCGACGGUCUACAGGAGUGGGAAGUUGGAGAUCAAAGUAUGGGGAGAGGUCACAGUGGAGAUUGCUUACAAGGCAGGCUUGAUCGAGGGCAGCGCGAGCGGAGUGGCCAGAUGGGUUACGUCCAUCAACAUUCAGACCGAUCUCUACAAUGGCGUGAAGUGCGACGCACUCGAUGAGAUUCCUAUCGUCUGCGAGAAGGUCGAGUACAAAGGGAACGCCCCCGCCACCAACUACCUCGACAUCGCAGCGGAGCUGAAGGCUCAGCUACCGCAGUCGCUCGACUUCAAGGAGGUCGUUCAAGGGAUGCGACAGUACGAAGGGGCGUGGCAGACAUGCUAUCCCGGCACCAAUGCAUAUGUCCUCGCCAACCCGGUUUUCAACCGCCAGGGAGACCUGCUCUUCGAGCUGCGUCCUCAUGGGCAGUGGAAUGCUGCCAUCGCGCCCCUUCGCCAAAACAGGGCGGCAUCGCAGAGUCCUAAGAAGACCGAGGAGUCGCUAGUAGGUAGUAGCCAGGGGUCUAGUCCAAUCUACGCCAAUGACUCUGAUGAUGCUGUUGAUCUCGAGGAGAAUGUGGAAGGGGUCCACGGUGAGAUGAAACCCGAAGGUGAUGGACAGGCGCCAUCGUCAGAAGAGGAUGAGGGGCUCGUGGCUGAGAUGUAGCGUCUGAAGAUUGCGAUGAGUCGUCGCACACGAC